AUGCAAUGGAAAGUGAUCACCACUGUUAUGUGGAGAUGGCAAUUUAUUCGAACAAAAGCGUGUCCAUUUCGAUUCAUAACUAUCACUGCAGUGCGUCGCUCUGUUUGUCUAGGAAAUUUUUCAAGUUUUGUAUUAGUAAACCACAGCAGACAUCUAGGGAAAAACUGUUUUGGAACUAGCAUUCGAUUGAAUACGGCGCCACGAUUUUGGGCACAAAGACAACAGUCUCGAAUAACAAUCCUAGCUUUGGAGCCAGUAAUUUAUUCUACGAAGAAACGAUGCUGCUUUGUGUUAACUCAGCGCCAAGCUAUCAAUGAACAUGCAGAUAUAAGUCCCAAAGAAAGAUUUGGAUUACCUUACAUGGUUAGAUUGAAAAUUCCUUCUAGAGAUCCGCUUUAA